AAGUGAUUUCAAGUCCGUAACUUGAGAUCGAACGAUUGAAAUUCUAUUUCAGUUAGGCGUUAUUACGCGGUGUGAAUUAUUUAUACGAGAACAUACGGUUCUUCGGAUUCUACGAUUACAUUAUUGGGAGUAUGACCUAAUCAGUCUUCCAGGAACUUGAGAAUUUCAUUUCUGGAUUAAUUCGACUUGAAAAAUAUGAUCUAUUAUCAUGCAUGGCGGUAUAAUUAUCGCGCUAAAAAUCGCAAGAUGAAUAAUUCAUUCAUUAUUCAUUGAUCGUUUGCGCGCAUAUACAUAUGUAUGCUGCACAAUUGUUGUAGCCCCUACACAUUAUCAAAUAUAAUUGUUCGAAGGUGUGGUUUCAACAAAUUUGACAAUAAUUAUGUACAUGAGUUCAUCGGUGUGUGUGAACGAAUAAUAACGUACGGCGUAUAAAUGAAGACUGAUUCUCAAUGAUCUCUGACGUCCUUGUCAAAACGAAUAUUAGCGCGUUUCUUCACGAACAACCGGUAUGCGAUUGGAAAUGUCGGUAACCUGAAUCACUUUUCGACUCCUCACCUUGUCCUCACCAUGUUAUUAGCUCCCCAAGGAUGGCGCCACCACUUUCUUCAUGAAACUCGACGCGGUGUUAUGAGCAACAGCAGUCGCGGAAUGACGUUUUAUCACAAGUUGUGAGUUUGUAAAUAUUCGUAACAGUCGGAUAACGAGUAGUGAACAAUAAAGUAUCUUUUGGCUAGUGAUUUCUUUGAACAAGUGAGAAUGGUGUCCAAGUCUCCAAUAACUUCAUUGCCAGCUGAAGUCAUCGAGUACCUGCUCGAAGAUGAUCAAGUUGAAAUGACAGAUAUCAUAAACCUGGCCUUGACGUGCAGGCAGUUAUACAUGCUUAUUACAGGAAGCAACAAACUGUGGAGAGAAAAGUUUUUUCAAAGGUGGCCGUACCUGAAGGAACUUUAUGAAGCUAAUGAAAAAACUAAAACAGUGGUGACAAAUUGGUUGGAUGAAGUUAAGAAAUCGCUGAUGUAUAGAAAGAAAUUACGACAUCAACUGUCACUAAUGUCAGCCAAAUAUUAUGAGAGACAAGAGCUUUCCAACUCAGAUUUAAAGGAGUUUGAUCCGCCAGCAACCUGUUCACUAGCCUGCCAUUUCCAAAUCGAUGAGCUUAUAACUCUUAUCCAUUCUCCAGCCAAAGAAAGUAAUUUGACUCACCAGUACUACGCCUACAAGGUCGUGAGAUACCUAAGACAGAAUUACCUAAAAGAAGAGUGGCGUGCAUACGUUAAUUUGCCUCCAGUGGAACAGAUAUUGGAGCAAGGGGCUGUUUUUGUAGCACAGUGGAGCCAACCGGAAUUGCGAAUUCCAUACUCAUACGUGUCUUCUAUGCUGGAUAAUAUCGCGGAUCAAAUCAAAGAAUAUCUAAGAGAUCAAAACCCCUCUCACCCGAUAUGUUCCACAAGCAAGGAACAAUUUGAGCUAUGGAAACGAACAAAUAUCGAUGAUAAUCAAUGGGGUAGUACUGAAACCAGACAAGUUAUAGCGGCACUUUGUGAAGUUAUGUUUAGACGCCUUGGUUUUCAUGGAAACAGUGAAAUGUUCUAUUCCUCGGAAAAUUCUUUUAUUAAUCGGGUACUGGAAAGUAGACAUGGUAUUCCCAUUACAUUGGCCAUAGUCUUUGAGAGCGUGGCCCGAAGAUUAGGUGUUCGUUGUGAACCAGUCAGUUUUCCUGCCCAUUUCUUAUUACGUUGGAAGGAGAAAUAUAAUACCCCAGAAUCCGAGGAUGAUGAGAGUUUCUACAUUGAUGUGUUUAAUGGAGGACAAUUGCUCACCAAGAGUAGUUGUCCAAGAGUUGGCGGGGUCUCACGAUGUCCCAUUCAGCGAUAUAACGUUCAUAAUAGUGCAACAGCCAUAGAGGUUAUUGAACGUAUGGCAAGUAAUUUGGAAGUUGCAGGGAGACAACGCACCCAGCUUAACGGCAGGGCAGCCCGUCUUCGAUCGGCGUUAGAAUUAUUACAUCUUGUCCAACCAUAUGAUACAACCACCAUAUCACACCUUACACGUUUUUACAUGCUUCACCGAAUGGAUCUAAGUGGAAUAGUAAGCACACUCAAUGCGAUAGAUCAGGAUCUAAAGAUCGAGUCGAGAGGACAAGCUCGUUACAUACUAACUAUGAUUGGGGAUUUUGAACGGUACAUUAAAGUUGUACCAGAGGAAGAAACGCCACCGAAAAAAAGAGUGCCAGAAUUGAAGUAUGCUAUUGGAAUGAUUAUGAGGCAUCGAACUUCUGACUACAUGUGUGUGAUAACUGGAUGGGAUCCACAUUGCGCAGCCCCUACAGAGUGGAUGACUGAAAUGGGUGUUGGUGAGCUUUCUGGUGGAUCUAACCAGCCUUUUUACGACGUCUUUGCAGAGGACGGAUCCUUACGUUAUACUGCUCAAGAAAAUUUAACACCUGCUAGUCCCGCGGAGUUAGUGCAUCAUUACGAGAUGGGGCGAUAUUUUUGUAAGUUUAAUGGUACACAUUAUGUACCUAAUGCCGAAAAAUCCAGAGAAUAUCCAGAGGAUGAAGAGGUACGCGAGCGUCUAUUAUCAUCCCAUGUUUGACGAGUGAGUUUUAUUAUUCUCAGGCUGUCGCCAAAAAAGGUGAUCCAGUUUUGUUACCUGAUUAUUUCUUCUCACUUCUACAGACUUGCAGGCAAAAUUUGUCUGCAAGAUCGCAUUAUUUAUCUGAAUUGCCGAAUUUUUUCUUUGGCAGCUAGCUUCAAUACAAUAUAAAUGUUCUUAGAGUGUAUAGCUUAUUUUUGCCUAUCAAGUAUUCAGGGUAGUUUAAAAUAAAAAUGUAUUGUGAUCCACCUUCAAGUCGCAAUGAACUUACGGUGCAUAACAAAUUUUUACAUAUAAUGGAGAGGAGAAAGAGUGAAGUAUUGGUAGAUGGAAUCGUAGAGUUUUUUGUUUUGGUUUCUUAAAAAAUUUUAGUAUAAUUACCAACAUUUGUGUAUACAUUCAUUUAUCUAGAAUCAUGUGAUAUCGCGCGCUCGCCGCGAGCAUUGUUGAACAUGAUAAUUAAUCAUUUGUCAAGCCAUUAUCAUAUUUAAAAAUCGAUUUUCACGAUCAAUAAAACUAGCUUACCUAGCAUCGCCGUGAUCUUCGGUCAUCGAUUCGUCUCAACACUGUGAAUUAACGAGGCUCAACACGUUUGUAGUUUUCUAAUCUAACUUAUGCUCACUCCACUGCACGAGAUGGAUAAUAUAAACGCGAUACAAUAACCACAUUUCGAAGAAUCAUAAAUCGCGAACAAAAAAAAACCGAACUGCUAAAACUAUGUAUUAGAUCUGCCAUUACAAAUGUCGCGAAUGUUAGAGAUUCCGAACGAGAUUCCGAAGUCGACUUAUAGUGUUGCAUGCAACACAAUCAUCGAAUAGUUUUGUCAAGUAUUAUACGUCUAGUAUGUGAAUAAAUACAAUUAAUAG